AUUCAUACAUUAUAUUUAUGUCAUAUUCUAUGUUGCAUAGUACAUACUGCAUUAUAGAUUUAAACUCAGUGUUUUGUAUUUUUUGUAAGCUAUUGUAUAAUUACAAUAAUUAAUAAUUGUCAAAUAAUGAUGACAGAUGAUGUGCUAGCUUUAGGCUGAUUUAUUUCAUAAAAAUAAUACACAAUAAUAAAUCAUUAAUUAUUGUAUUAAAACAUUAUUUAUUAAUUAUUAAUUAUAAUUUUAAAUAGUAAUUUAAAAAAACUAAAGUUCUAGCACAUCUUCAACGUUGUAACAUAUGUUAAAAUAAAUAAUAACCAACGCAAUACAUUUAAAAGUCAAUAAUUUAAUUUUCUAAAAUGGAUAGUACUGCCUUAGAACGGAAAUUGAAUAGCAAGUCUGUAGCUCUCACGUUAUUAAGCGAAGAAUUAGAGAAAUGUCGAAUAGAACGUGAUCAUUUGAAAAUAAUUUUGGAAAAUAAAAUGCUACAUAAUACAUACAAUAGAAAUUACCAAUUGAAUUAUGAUAAACUUGUGAACCAACUAAGAGAAGAAAAUAAGAAACUGAGAUUAGAAGUAGAGGAUAUACGUCAAAAAUUACAGGAUGCUCAAGGUGACAACCAAGUUUUAAGAACUGGUGGUUUUGUCAAAGAUUGUAUCAAUACAAUAUUAACAAGCUCCGAUAGUAAAGAAGAAUUAGUUAAAAAUUUAGAAAUAAUACAUUCAAAGUAUCAGCAAUUAAAGCUUGAUUUUGGUUUAUUACUGGAUGAUAAACAAGAAUUAAUCACUGAACGAGAUGGAGCUCGAAGUAAAAUAAGACGGUUAAAUCAUCAAUUAGCAGCCUCUUUAAAUGCUAAUAAAAAUCAACGUGUAUUAGAUAUUGAUAGUUUACUAUUAGAAAACAAGUAUUUAAAUGAAAGACUGCAGUUAGAGAUCGCCGAAAAGGAAAUGUUAAGGAAAACAAACUCAUUUUACCAGAGUACAUCAAAAACAAAUGAUGAUUUAUCUUUAUUAUCUGCUAAUAAUUCGAUAACUCGUAAAGUAAUAGCUUGCAAACAGAUGCAACAAAUUUUGGAAACUGGAAAUAUUCAAGCUUUGUUUUCAAACAGCACAACACUUUCAGAUUUAAGAAAGUUAUGUCAGACAUUGUUUGAAGCAUUGCAAGAUAAAAGUAUAGCGCUUAAUCAUCAGAAAAAGACAAAUAAAGUAUUGGCUAAACGAUUAGAAGACUUGGAAAAAAAGUUAAAAACAAUUAACCAAGGAGAAGCCAUUAUGUUUCCUUCACUGGUUUUGUUGAAUGAAUGUUCAAAUACAUCUGAUGAAACUGAUAUUGAAACAAGUUCUAUGGAUGAACCGAAUACUUGCUUAAUUUAUAAAGAAGAUGAUUCUAUAAUUAAAAAUAUUAAUUUUGAUAAGUAUCCUAAUGAAAUGAAUACUCUACCAAAAAAUUUGCAACAACUUGUUACUGAGGCUAUGCAAACAAUAACCUUUGAUUCGUCUAAUCCUACUUCUACUAAAGCUUGCCUCGAUUCUACUUCAGAUAUAAAUAUAUAAUGUAAUACUCUACAAAAUAAAUGCUGAAUUUUUAGUAAA